AGUUUAGCAGUCACCAUCAUUGAGAAUCAACGCAAAACUGCGUACUCCCGUGUUCGUUUCAGUCGUGAAUUUUACUCGCCCCGUAAAAGCAACUGAAAAUAGUGAAAAUUCCCAUUGCAAAAGUGAAGCAACCACAUUUAAUCCGCAGCAUCUGUUCUGCUGAAGGUGGCACCUGGUCACUGGCAAGGGCCGUGUCCGAAAAACGAAAAACAAACAGGCUCUAAUCUUCCUGUAAUCUGGGUUUGUGUGGCCAAAAAAGGUGUGCAGGAAAAGUCAUCGCCGUCCGUUUAUGUUUCCAACGUAGGAUCAAAUCGACUUGAAAAACAGCGGAAAAAAACUGCCCAUUAUCGAACAUCGGAUAUUACUCAUCGAAUAGUACCCACUGCGGGGAAUAUUUGCUCACUCGGCUUAUCCGCUUGAUCGCAAGUUUAUCAAGUAGAAAUAAGGCAGAGUGUAUUUUUGCGAGAAGUUCUUGAAGAUCGAUCGUAUAAAAAAAAAAUGAAAAGCUUGUGUGUGUAGUGCGAGCUCUUGGGAAAUCUCGGUGGUUUCACUGCUGUUGUUUUAUUUUUUAUUUGCAAUCGCAGCAGAAGAAAAUGUGCAUGGUGUUUCCGAAGGCUUUUGGAAGAGUUUCCUAAAUAGUGAACGUGCAGCAAUAGAGAAAUAAUUUUUUGCUGAAAAGUGCUUUUAUUAUGAUUAUUCUUUGACGAAGCUUGAAAUUUGCUACAACUGUAAUUGUGUUUAGUUUGUUUUGUGCAUUGUGACUUAAGUCAAGUUAGUAACAUCGUUUUGAUAAGGAGAAAAAGUGGAAAAUAUAACCACUUGCAGGAGGGAUACACAAGAUAAAAACAAAACAGUGAAGCAGUCUGCCUGCGCAAAAAUCACUGCAGCGGAUAUUCUCUCCAGCCACGAUGGAUUCCCUGCGAAAAUGGUUGAAUAAGCCAAAGGCUGAUGAUAAAUCGUUGCUAGCGAGAUUCUACCAUGCAGACAGGGCUCUGACGGCGGUGGCCAGCGAACUGGAUAGCUUCGAUGGCCGUGCAGAACCAGUGCGAUGCACUCGACUGGUUGGACGGUUACGACAAGGACAGGACCGCGUGCUGGCCAUCACCAAUCAAAUCAUGGAUGAGUUACUGGGCGACGAUCGGGCGCCGCGUGCUUUCCGUGCCAAGUUCCCGGAGGAGGUUCUACAGGAAAGUCUCGCCGGUCAGUUGUGGUUCGGUGCCGAAUGUCUCGCGGCUGGAUCUUCUAUCAUGAACCGUGAAGUGGAAAGUGCCACGAUGCGCCCGCUGGCGAAAGCUGUUACGAAAAGUUUGGACAACGUUCGGAACCUGCUGCGGGAGCAGUGCCUUCGGAAUAACACACCAAACAGUUUAACACUGCGGCUGGAUGUAAAUGACGCCGCGACGGAACAGUUGUACGAAAGUUUGAAGAUUUUCGAUCGUUUGUUCGCGGAAUUUGAGUUACUGUAUGUGAGCGCUAUGGUGCAGGUAAAAUCAAAGCAGGAAUACGAAAUGCAGGAGUUGAUUUGUGUGCUGUUUUCGGAGACACUUCAACGAGCGCUCAAGAUUGGUCUACUAGAGCAGGAACAGGUAGAUUCGUACGACCCGGCGUUGAUGUUUUCUAUUCCACGGUUAGCCAUCGUCGCCGGGUUAGUUAUAUUCAAGGACGGACCGCUAAAUAUGGAUCAACCAGCGGAUAACAUAUCUGAAAUGUUCAGACCAUUCCGGAAACUGCUGAUUAAAAUGCGAGAUCUCCUCAGAACGCUGACCAAGCACGAGCUAUAUCAGUUGGAGAAGCUGCUGUGCACUAAUGAAGAGAUCAGCCUGAAGGAAGAAUUAAUCUGUGAUGCAAACGAGAAUGAUAACAGUGGUGUUUCGCCGCGGGAGGACGAAGUUGUUAUCGUGACAACUAAUGUUAAUAGUAGUAAUAAUUGUAAUAGCAGUGAUAGUCGAAUGUUGGAAGCUCCGAGCGAUGACCGGCAACACGAGUCUGAUGAGGGUGACAUUCUAAACAGUAGCUUUUAUAAUAACCGUACUGUAGAUAACAAUCGAAUGCACGAUGGUGAGGAUGAAGUAUCUGAAAAUGAAGACGAAGACGAUCCUAGUAGUAUCCUAAAAGAUGGUCUAGUGACGUCGGAUUGCGCAUCGGGAUAUUUGAUUCCAAAUACAAACUUCGGUAACCUAUUGCAGACAAAUGAAGCGCCUCUGACCGACAGUUUUAUUGCCACGGACGAAGAGCUGAAGCUGGGUGCUUCCUCGAAUGCUCGGAUAGAACAAAUCCUGUCGGAGACAAAUCAAAAGCUUACGGAUUCGGGACUUGGUACGGCUAAUCCAAGCGUGGAUCACUCUCCGGAAUUAGAAACGGAACGUCCGGUUACCAGUCGCAAUGUAUGUGAUUCUUCAGAAGAGGAAGAAGGAGAAGUAGACGAAUAUGAGGACGAUGAUGAAGAAGAAGAGGAUGAUGAAGAUAGUGAAGGUAUUGCUUGUGAUAACCAUCGAACGAAUCAACUAUCUAUGGACCCUGGUACUAGCGCUGGCGCAUCAAGGUCUUCUGGAAAGCAGCAUCGAAAUCAUAGACAACAUCAUCACCACAGACAUCGUAGGUCUGCCGAAAGCAACGGCUUGGCAACCACGGGUCGAAAAUACAACUCCAAACAUCAUAGGUCGAGUGGAUCGACGACAACUAGUUCGGUCGCCGUUACUAACAGUCAAGACACUUCGUCCAAGACAUUCUCAAGCUGUGAUACAUCACCGUCAUCUGGUCAUCAAAGCGAAUGCAGUAGCACUAGCAGCGCGAGUGGUGAAGCCUCGCAGGAGGUAGCGCUGGCCAUUCGGGCGGCAGGAAGGAUAAAAUUCAAGACCACCGAAAACCUACUGCACAGGUUGUUCGUAUGUAUAGCCGGGGUCGCUGAUCAACUACAGACCAACUUCGCUGCCGAUCUCCGGCAGAUGUUGAAGAGUGUCUUUAUUAUCAAUUCAUCACCACCGGAGCCAGAGGAACCUCCCGAGCCAGCCACAACAUCGAGUGAUAAACCGAAAGAGCCGGACCCAACGGAUCUGUUUGAGUUCCGUGCCAGCGAACAGGACGUCAUCACUCCCGGACAAAACAGCGGCGGUUCGAGUCAGAGCAUUUAUUCGGCCGAAGAAGUCAAUCCCGAGGAUCCACACGAUUCAGUUUUUGGGUCACCCGGCUCUUCUCCUGUCAGGGCUUCGUCUGCUCCACGGACGAUGAUGACUACUGCGGAGAGCGGAAGCGUUACAGUUAAUGUUUCUGUUUCGGUUGUAACCGGAGGUAGUUCUGGGUCCAGUAGGAGCUCUCAAGAGAGAAGUGUAAGUCUAAGCGAAACAUCGAUCGUGGUGGAAGGCAAUGGCGGAAGCACAGGGUCAAACCUACGAGAUAAUCACCGGAGACAUAGUGCAAUCGGGACGAAAGGAGAAUACGGCCGGAGUCGAUCGAGUCCAAGCAGUCCCAUCAAUGGACCAUUAUCUGAAGAACGACACAUGCCAGAAGCACCUCCGAGGUGGAUUCCCGACGGGGAUGCUCCACGGUGUAUGGCUUGCGCAUCUUCGUUUACGCCUUUUCGAAGGCGUCAUCACUGCCGAAAUUGCGGCGGAGUUUUCUGCGGUGUGUGUUCGAGCGCUUCGGCACCACUGCCCAAAUACGGACUGACCAAGGCAGUACGGGUUUGCCGAGAAUGCUAUGUUCGGGAGGUGGGAGUUUAAAACGAUAUAACCUGUAAUUCCUUUAGCUACCAACUGUUGAUUUUUGUGUGUGGUAUGUAGUAUAUUGUGAGGCAAAAAUUUCUGUUUUUACCAAAAUAAACCUGUCUGCUUUAGAAAAUAUUACUUUAUUUCAAUGUAUUGAGCAAAGUCAAAAAAGCUGUUGUUGACACGUUUCCUUUUAAUGACUAAACUAUCCUAUUCUUAAAAAUAGCCAAUUUUGUUCAACGGAAUGCCUGUUUCACCAUAUUAAAAGUGAUGAAUUGUACAGACAGGUAUUUACAUUCUUGCAAAUGCAAAACAUUAACAAUCUGAAAGAUGAUUGAUAAUUGUGUUCACAAAAAUAUUUCCAAAGUAUAUUUGCUACGAAACGAUAUAAGCAUGAAAUCGUAGACACAUCAAAAUUAGUGCAACAGUAGAACGUUGAUUAUCCGAAGACAAUUUCUCUGCUCAUUCACGAUCGAUGAGACUAACUCAGAUAGAGAGAGUCGCUUUUAUUCAGUUGUAUGAGAAAUGUCUAAAAAUGCAACUUACUCAGCGUUUUUAGACAUUUAUCAUACAACUAAGUAAAAGUGAAUUUCUCUCUGAGUUAGGUUUAUUGACCUGUAAUUUCUUGUUUCCAGAAUUAAGACCAACUGCAAUAUUCAGCAAAAUAAUAAAGUUUUGAUUAUUCGAUCGAUUAUUUUAAAAUAAACGUUUCUAGAAGUGUGCCUAUCGGAUAAUCAACGUUUAGCUGUAAUGCUGGUGAAUAGUUCCCUGGUUCUUGAAAGAAAUACAAAAAAAAAAUAAAAUAAACUGAUUAUGAUACAUUCCUUAUUAAAGUGUUAUUUUGCAUUACAAAUCGAUUGAUCAAAAAGACUCAAACUAUGGUUCGCAGCUCGCAAACAAGGUUCAACAAAAUCCAGUAUAAAUGAGAAACGCAUACUAUUUAAGUCCUGAAAACGGGGAACUUCUUGUUAUAUGAAAACAAACUAGCUUCAAUUCUUUCUUUUUUUGGUUAUGUUCCAUAGUUCAAGGCUUUCUUCAUACAUCUAGCAUAGUUAUCAUGUUAUGGUUUGAAUACAAAAAAAACGUAACGUGCUAUAUGACACGUGUUAAAUAAGCACAUUUUUGACGAAAAAAAAGAAGAAAAUCAUACUUUUUUAUAAAAAUAAAAUAAAAUUUAUAAUGUGAAAGCAUAUAAAAAUGCUAGAAAAAUAAACAUUGGAGUGAUAUCUUUUUUACGAAGAAAACAAAAAUCGAAAAAUAAUUUAACUAUAUUUCCGAGUGCAAGGUAUUAUAAUACUUUUGUGAAUAUAAUAAGCAUUGCUUAAUUCAACAAAGAAAACAUGGCUAUAUUGCGAUAAACUGACAAAACUAUAAAAAAAAAGAAGAAGAA